AUGAGAGAUGAAAAGUAAUAUAGUGCAAGAUCUUUGAUGCCAUUGACACUUUUAGACCAUAAAAAGAAUUUAUAAUUUGAUAGAUCUACUCAUCAUUUUAGAGUUUAACAGAAUCAUAUAUCCAGAAUGGUAAUCCCAAAAUUUAGUCCGUAUAAAGAAUGCGCUCUCUUCGAUAAAAAAGACCAAUUAAAUCUAAAUCAUGAGAAUAAUUUAAGUUACAGAUUAGACAAAAUUAACUAGACUUUUGACUCUAAAUCUAAUAGAUUUUCUCCUGAAAGAGAAAACUAUACUUAGGAAACGUACUCUAAACAUUUGCAAGACAAAGCAAAUUAAGUAAUUCCUUAAGAAUAAAUGACAUAUAUGCUAAGAUAAGCUCAUACAAGGACGAUUGACUCAAGGCCAAUAAGUCCAAAUGAACUAAAAUCGAUCACUACAAUGGAGAUGUUUAAAAAAGAAAAGAACUAGCCUUUAAAGAAGAAAUUGAAUUAUGUAAAUUUUUCAGACCUCAAGCAUAACAUUAUCACAAAUGACCCUAUCAAUUUAAAACUAACAAUCGACUCCAAUAAUUUCCAAAGAGCCACCUAUUAAAGGCCUCAAUACAAAGAUGAUCCGACGAAAGGCUACAUUAAGUAAACUUUGGAAACGAUAUGA